AAGUUUUUUCGAAAUCUUGUUGCGGUUCACGUAGUAACCAAGUAAUGAUAGAGUGUGAAGUGAAUGUAACGGAUCCGGUUACGUUUCGAAGACAUAAAACCAAGCUCGUCUAAGCUUCGUUUCUAAAGCAAGUCAGUAACGAAGGUGCACUGAUGGCUCUUUGGCGGAUUUUUGGAAGAAGGUUAUUCAGCAAACGUCGUCUUACUGUGGGUGCGAUUGUGGCAAGUUUACCUUUUAUUGGUUAUCUAAUGCUACUUUCGCCUUCAAGAAGACUUUCCAAUUCAUUUUCGGCCAACGAACAUAAUUCAUUAUCUACAGCCUCAGCAACGAAACAAAUCUGGAAUCAGACGAUAAUGGCCGAAAUUCCAACGACAGGAAGCAUUAACUUGACAACAGCACCGAUGACGGCGGCAGUUACUACUGACAAGGUACAAGUUAUGAAUGUUGUUUCAAGACCACCAGGACGCCUUGAAGUCCACAUGUGGACUGAGAUAUGUGGAACGACGGUCGAAAUGUUAAGGAACUGGCCUCAUUUUCCUUACUUUCCCGACGCACGUUCGUACAUCUCAGAUUUUCAUGAUGUUCACGCACGUGGUUCUAAAAAUAACGGAGAGAGAGUUUUUGGAUUCAUUCAUCCUGCAGUACACGGUGACUAUAAGUUUGCCAUAUCAUCGGAUGACACAUCUGAGUUAUGGUUGAGUCAAAAUGAGGACCCUGGUUCCAGUGAGAUGAUUGCACGUGUUUAUUCUCCUCGACAGUCGGCGUGGACCGAAGAAGGGGACUACAAAAAAUAUCCAGAACAAAUUUCUAAAGAAUUCACUCUCUUCGCUGGGAAGAAAUAUUACGUCGAGGCUUUAAUGAAGCAAGGUUCUGGCGCCGCUCAUCUAGCGGUGUAUUGGUCCUACAAAAAUGCGACAUUUGAAAUAAUAACCUCGAAAUAUUUAUCCACGUAUCCUUACACUCACGAAUCAAUGAUUCCCGUUCAUGCGGGAAAAAGAGACAAUACAUCGUUGCAAAAAAAAUACAGCCUUUACGACUUCAAUCGUCUUCCACUCUUAAACCGGCAAGAGUAUGUUGACUUAUUUCCAAGUUGCUCCUAUAAUCCCAGUUUUCUGGUCCGCAAGAAGCUGAAGCGGUACGAAGGCGUGUGGAAUACAAGACGAUCAAACGUUUUUCCCCAAGACAGUACCGACAUGUCAAAUCGUGGACCAAAACACCAGUGGUCUUUUCCUAAUCUGUUGAUUGACGGCAAUGUAGUCCAAUUUGUGGUAGACCGCUUUGUUAACACAUUAAAGUUUGAGAGGGAUUAUUACUUGAAGAAAAUUCACAAAGUAAUUCAUAAACCAGACCCCAAGAAAGGUGAUCGCUUUUUAUUAAACCUUGAGCUUGGUUCAACGCACAACAAUCAAUCGUAUCGGCUAUCGGAACACGUGUAUCGUACACAGGAGAGUGAAAAAUUGUGUCUUCCUGAGGGAAUGAAGUGGAAUAACAGCGCCAUGGUCUACUUCAUUCUACCUGUCAAGGAUCAAGGCAAAUGGGUGCACCAUUUCAUCAAUGAACUCACUGCUGCCAGUUUAUUGACAGGAGAUACAAACUUUCACGUUAUAAUCAUCGAUUUUGAAAGUAAAGACAUCGAUAUGGUCAAAGCUUUUAACACACCUCUUCUACAUAGUAGACAUACUAUUAUUUCACUGACUGGUAAAUUCUACAAGACACUUGCUCUAAACAAGGCAGUCGCACAAGUUCCAAAUGCUAAUGAUAUAAUUUUUCUUUAUGAUCUACACAUUGAUGUGCCCCCAGACAUCAUGGACAGCGUCAGAAUGAACACCAUAGCCGGAAAACUAGCUUAUUUUCCUAUUGUUGGCCGUCUUGAUUGCCAAAGUUCUUCUGUAGACCAUAAAGGAUUUUGGCAACUAGAUGGGUAUGGACUUCUUGCUAUUUAUAAAUCAGACUGGGAAAAGUUUGGAGGUAUGAAUGCCGAAGAGUACAAAUUCAAAUGGGGCGGGGAAGACUGGGACCUACUUGAUCGUGUAUUAAUGUUGCCCAUAGAAGUGGAAAGGUUGAGACACCCAGGUCUCUAUCAUCAUUAUCACACCAAGACCAAGAUGUGGAGUUAGACAGCGCCUUGUUGCCAAAAAAAUCAGGAACCUUGAUCAAGCUGUGACAAAGGUGAAGGGUUUGGAACCAAAGAUUCAAUGAACAAAAACAUU